GGCAGCGCGCGCUGAGCGGCGGCGGGCCGGGCCGAGCGCGCGGGCGACGGGCGUGCGGGGCGCGGGCGCGGCGCCCCCCGGGCCCAUGGAGCGGGGGCUGGCGCUGCUGUUGGUGCUCGCAGGAUCGGUGUCUCUCCCCACACCUGGGGGUGCUGGCAGCACCGGAGACCCCCGGGCCUCCCCUGCCGCCCGGCCCGAGGGCGACAUGAAGGACCCGCUGACCGCCCCGGGCGCGCAGGGCUGGGGGCCCAACAGCCCCGGGCAGGAGCAGGGCCCGGCCCGUUUGGGGGCGCAGGGGGCCCUUGCCCGGCCCCGUGCCCGGCGCUGCACGUGUUUCACGUACAAGGACAAAGAGUGUGUCUACUAUUGCCACCUGGACAUUAUCUGGAUCAACACGCCUGAACGCACCGUGCCCUACGGACUGUCCAGCUCCAGGGGCAGCUUCCGGGGCAGGAGGGCCUCGGGGCUGUCCCCGCAGAACCCGCGGAACCCACAGGCCCAGCGCUGCGCCUGUGCCAACCGCAGAGACCCGGCCUGCUCACGCUUCUGCGCCCGGACCCCGACCGGCGACAGGAACGUGAGAGGCCCCGAGGACCCCCCAGAGAGGAGGAAGGCCGGGCCCGAGAGUCUAGCCUCCUUCCUGCGGCUGCCCACGCACUUGCCGUGGGAUGGGAAUUCACGCUCCUCGUACGCGCCAGAGGUGGCGGGUCCCGGCGGGGGACCAGCAGGGAGCUGA